AUGGAGAGCAAGACUCACAUGCAGCCCAAGGUGCGGGGUGGCGCAACGUCCGUCAUUGCCCGCCUCCUCUGCCACAAGCUCUCACAGCAGUGCCACCCCAGCAUUUCCUCAUCCUUCGUGUCGUUUGGAGGCGCUGGCGAGUUGCCGGGGCCUAAUAACGGCGACACGGUCCAAGGGCGCAUUCAUGGCAGGGACGCGAUGGAGGUUUCCGAGACCGCUGUGGCACCCACAUAUCACCGCAUCAUGAUCGAUGGCGAUGAGGGUGACAAAGACUACCUAAAUUGCGUCGGUGUCAUAGCGCACAUCAUCCAGACUCGUCAGGCCUACAAGGACACGGACCAAGGGCAGUUAGAGAUACCUCUGACAACAGAGGAGCUGGAGAGGCGUUACUGUAGCACCGCCGCGGCUGCUACUUCUUCGGUGUCGGCGGCGUCGCGGACCGCAUCCUUGUCGUUCCUUCCGUCCUUGUCAGUCGCUGAGACGCCCGAACACCAGCCGCCACAGUCUGAUGACUCCACGGCGAUGGCCUCACUCAUGGGGCUCGAGUUUCGACACGGCGUCUUUGUCUUUGAAGGCAUGCGCACUCGCGUCGUGCCAUGGGAGCAGUACGUGCACGAUAUCCGCGCCGUCUACGGUGCCAUCGAGAACGGCCCGUGUCUCUCCACCGCCCGCAUGCGCCUCACCUCCAUCGCCGAGAAGUUUCGCCUGUACCUCCUCCUCAACCGCGAAAAUGAAGGCAGCUGUGAUGCACUGUACCGCGACGGUGGCGUCUACGCUCCGUGUACGCGCGUUGACAAUGGCGUAAACAUGCACACUUCUGUUGUGGCGCCGGUGCUGCUGGAGCACGUGGUGACAACCGCGCUAGAGCAGCCACGCGUGCCCCUCUACGUCGACCCCCACACCCAGCAGGUCGUGACGCUGGGUGCGUACCUUGAGGCUGGCGGCAUUCGAGACCCUCGCGCGCUCACGGUGGAGGGGCUCGGCCUGCAACCCACGCUGUACCGCAAUAAGUACCUGCCAUACGAUCUAUUCGAUGCGAAGCUGAACCCUGCUGGGGCCUUUGGUGCGACGCUGCUGCAGGCACUCUUGUCAACCGACGGACCGAAUCACGGCAACCUGUGCGGUGUACUUCUCCGCGCCGAGCUGGAGCAGCGCGAGUACCAGAAGCAGCAGUUGACAGCGACGGAAAUGGCACUGGAGGUCUGCGGACACCAUCCAGAGGAGCUCACGCGACUCGCUGCGUGGGUGCGUCGGCAGGGCUUCAACAAGUUUUCGCGCAAUCGAUGGGUGCUCGUGAUUCAGCGGGAGCGCAACUCUGCGAAGGAGUUGGGGCCGAACCAGCUCCCCUCUCGCUGCACCACCGUUGGUGACCAGCUGCGACACAUCUUUUACCCCCUCUUCAUGGCAACGCUAUGCCCGUACGCUCCGCAGUGGUCGGACGUGGCGCAGUUGUUGUGCUGCAUCGGCGCCAUCGGCAUUCGCACUCACGCUGUCGUGCGCUCUGAAAAUUUCAGCGCCACUCCUGUGGACCCCGACACGCUCCCGUGCAACAGUGCACCCCUCGAAAGUGGGCAAGUCGUCGACCAUGGAGGCGCGGUCGCGCACGGUGGCGGGUGUAGUGACUACUACUUCUUCUACUACGUCUGGGCUAAUAUGGCGGCACUGAAUGCACUGCGCAAGCGCCUCGGCCUCAACACACUGCUCUUCACCCCAUCCGUAAAAGAGCAGGCCCCGGCGUACGAUCAGCUCGUCAGCUCCUUCCUGCUCGGUGACGUCGUGCACGACGUGAGCUCUCUCGCGAAGAGCUGGAUUAUGCAGUUCCUCUACAUGUACUGUCGCAUCGGGAUCGUCCUCUCCCCCUUACGUGACAACGCGCUCAGCACCGCGUACUUUAACAGUCCGUUCCUGAAGUUCUUCCGCCAAGGGAUGCGGGUAUCGGUCAGCACAUCCGACCCGCUGUACUUCCACCACCACGAAUCGCAGCCGCUUAUUGAGGAGUAUGCCACCUUGAGCAAGUUGUGCUCGUUGACGCCGAUGGAUACAAUGGAGCUGGGGCGAAACAGCGUGCUGAACAGCAGCUUCCCGUCAGAGAUGAAGCAGGUUUGGCUUGGCGAGGGCUUUUCUUCACUGGGGGCGGAGAGCAACGACCUGCGUCGCUGCGGUGUGUGCGACUAUCGCCUGCAGUUCCGCCACGAGGCCCUCGCGCAUGAAGAGGCGCUGCUGAACCAGCUCCUGGCGAAGGCAGGCAUUAUGGCUCCAGGCGGCAUUGGCUCUGGCGUUGCCGCUGGGGACAGUGCCUGUGGGGCGCUUUCACUGCACCUCAUCCCCUACGCACAGUCGGUGCUGGUGUCUGACCUUGUCCAGCAGUCUCGCCACUCGCGCCGCAUGAACUACACGGACCAGCGAAUUGUGUACCCUCGCAUCGACAUCUACUACGGAGGCCAUCGCUCAGGCCACGCGACGGACGCGGUGGCGGCCCUGCGGCAGGUCGUCGGGCUCCGUCGCAAGUACGUCGGAAACGCGAGCCAUACGGCGGCAACUGACACUAACGUGCGCGUCGAGGACGUCUUCAGCACCACCCGCCAGUUCGACGAGGCGCAGUGGGAGUACAACACGUACUACGGAGUGUGCAUCUUGUCUCAGCAGGGCAGGACGCCGUCGUGGCCGACGUUCCUGCCGACCAUCACGGAGUUCAUUCGCGACAUGUCCGUGAUUCGGCAGGCGGCCAGCUCAGUGGCUCUGCAGCGGCUCGCGACGCACCGGCUCAACCUGCUCGAGCAGAAGUUUCUGCUUCAUCUCUCGAUGAAUGUCUCGAACGAAGCUGGCAAGAAGGAGGAGAAGGAGUGGAACAACCGCGACUUCUUCACUGCCUACAAAGUGGACACGAACGUGCACACCGACGCCGGCUCCAACGCCCGCACGCUGCUCGAGUUCUUUGUGGACAAGGCCCUGAAUCACGGCGGGGACGUUGUGUUUGAGCGCGAUCAUCACCCCGUCAUGCUCAAGGAGCUGCUGAGCGAAUACGAGAUUGACGUGCACCACAUAACAGUCGACGAGCUUCACCAUCACCUGCACACGCACACCGACCUGCGCGAGAUUUUCUUGUCGCCGUUUAACUUCAUGCAGGGCCGCUACUUUGCCGAGCUGACUAAGCGCACUCUGGACAUCUACGAGGAGGAUGCCUUCAGCUUCGCCGAAAACCGACUCUCAAUCACCGGCGCCUCCGCACAGGAGUGGUACGAUCUGGCGCACUGGUUUGACUGCUACGGCAUGGCCAGCUCACGUAGCCGUUGGAUGGUGUGUCUGCCGUGGCAGUACCGCCGCUUGCGUCGAAACGGGGUGCUGAAGAACUUCGGCGAGUUUCUUGACCACGUUUUCCAUCCACUGUGGGAGAUUAGCCUGCACCCGGCCAAGGACACAAAGUUCCACUACCUACUGGCACACCUGUCCGGCUUUGACUGCGUCUCGGAUGAGUCGAAGAUCGACCUGCCGUUGACGGACGUUUCCCCGCACGACUGGAACAGCGACUUGAACCCGCCGUACAGCUAUUACAUGUACUAUAUGUGGGCAAAUAUCACCUCUCUCAAUGAGUUCCGUGCGUCUCGCGGGUUAAGCACCUUCACACUGCGUCCCCAGUGCGGCGAACGCGGCAGCAUGGACCACCUCGUGAGCGGCUUCUGCUUAGCUAACAGCAUCAACCACGGCGUUACGCUGGCGCGGCACCCCGUGCUAGAGUACAUGUGGUACAUUGCGCAGGUCGGUGUGGCGAUGUCCCCACUCAGCAACACAGCUGGCGCCUCUGCCUACCUCGAGAACCCGUUCCCGGUCUUCUUCCAUCGCGGCUUGAACGUUAGCCUGGCGACAAAUCAGCCGCUGUACUUUCACUUCACGCGUGAGCCGCUCGUGGAGGAGUACUCGAUCGCCGCGAAGCUGUGGAAGUUCGAGCUGAACGACAUGUCCGAAAUCGCGCGCAACAGCGUCUUGCAGAGCGGUUUCUCGGCUGCGUGGAAGCAGAACGCGCUGGGUCCGCGGUAUCAGCUCCGCUCUACUCUUGGCAACGACGUUCGUCGCAGCCGCGUGUCGGACAUUCGCGUUGCGUACCGGUAUGAAGUCUACCACACAGAGCUGAACUUCCUGGACGAGCAGCUCACCGCCGGCUCUCCCGGCUUCGUAGGGAACGCGUCACUGUCUGAGAGUGCGCCGACAUCUGCUGGGGUAGACGCGAGCCGGGGACAGAAACCCAGACGCUUUGACGGUGCUUCUACAGUAUCCCCAACCCCCGGAGGUGGGCCUGCGGCUGGUGCCGAAUCAUCUCAGCGGAUGCCUCGGGCUAUGAAGCUGCUGGAAGACGAGCUGGUCAUUUGCGGGGAUGCUGUGGUGGCGGACAUUUUUCAGUGUCUAGUAUCGACUGCACUGCUACCGACCUCCGCCCCCAACGUGGACAACUCCUUGGCGUGGCCGCGAACAGCUAACUCCAGAGGCGUGCAUCAGUUCCUGCCCAGUUCUCCGGCACCCCUGCCGGCGCAGCUGGAGUCACGGGCGGCGCAGCUACGUGGAGAGAUUCAGCGACUGGACGCGGAGCUAACCCGCAUGCGAGUCGUCUCGCUGCAGGUGGCCGGUCAGAACAACUCGAUUGCCCUGCAGGUGAACGCACUGCGUGAGCGGCUUCAGACCGAAGGGCUGGCCAUCGUGGGCAGUCUUUAUGGCGGCACGAACGAAGAGGAAACCGAGGCGUCGUCAAAUGACGGGUUUGCAGUGACAGGGGUCGCCGCGGCGGAAGAGGAGACGGUGGGCGGUGAUGUGCGCAAGUCGCUCUGA